UUUGCUCACGUUACCACACCAUGACAUGACAGCGGCGAAAGCUAUCUAUACAAAAUUUUAGCCGGGAGGACAGCUUGAGAGUCUCCGUGGACUAGAGCUCUCCGCUGCCGAUGUGCAAAACAAGAAGCCACCAAUUAUUCCAAGGCGCCCACGAGUUUUAGUAAUACCCGAUAGAGUUGCGUUGGCAUCAAACAUAUCUCAUAUCCGCCCGCCUCUCCUCUCCUCUCCUCUCCUGCCCCCCUCCGAUUCUUCUUCUUGCUUCACACUUUUGCUUUGGUUUCCAUGCGCGCUAAUUUCUCGGGUGUUGUUGAAGAAGCUCCGUCUCUCUUAUAGCUGCUCUUGGUCGAGGAGAUAGGAACUCAGGAGAAAGACAUGGCGGAGGAACCCGGUGCAACUUCUAGAUACUAUUGCCACAUGUGCUCGGUGAUCGUAAGGCCAGAGCUGGGCGUCGAGGAGGUCAAGUGCCCGCACUGCCGUUCCGGAUUCGUGGAGGAGAUGGCCGAUGGCCGGCGGAGCAGCAACGCCGUGGGAGACCGUGGUACUACUGCCACAGGGGCCGGCCCAGAUGACGCGGGCGCGAGGUCGGAGCUCGCGGGUCCGCCGUGGCCGCCUAUCCUCAUGGACCUCCUCGGCGUCUCCUACGGGCUCGACGGCGGCGACCUCGCGGGCUUGGCGCGAAGACAGUACCGCCACCUCGCCUUCUUGCAGCUGCUCAACGCGCUCCAGGAAGGCGAUGCCGAUGCCGACGGCGACGCGCCCGACCCGGGGCUCGAGCGGCUCGUGCUGGUUAGCCCCGCCGACGCGCACGCCAUGCUCAUGCCAGAGCUAGGAGCCAGCAAUGGCGCCGCCGCCGCCGCCAGGGGCCCAGGCCUGACGCUGGGCGAGUUGAUUCUUGGCCCCGGGCUGGACUUGCUGCUGGAGUACCUGGCCGAGACCGACCCGAGCCGGCAAGGCACGCUGCCGGCGAAGAUGGAGGCCGUUGCCGCAUUGCCAACGGUAAAGGUAAGCGAGGCCGCGACCUGCCCGGUGUGCCUGGACGAGUUCGCGGCUGGCGGCGAGGCCAAGGAGAUGCCGUGCAAGCACCGCUUCCACGACGUGUGCCUCCUGCCGUGGCUGGAGGCCAACAGCUCCUGCCCCGUCUGCAGGUACCAGCUGCCCACGGACGAGGCCACGGAGCCGGCCGGCAAUGGCGCCGAGGAAACCGCCGACGAAUCCAGUGGCAAUGCAGGCCGCGACGUCGAGGGCGAUAGCGACGGUGGAAGCAGUGGCAGGCGGCGGUGGCUCGCACGGCCUUUUGGUCGUUUGUUCUCGCGCAGAUCGAAUGGAAGCUCCUCGUCGUCGCGAUGAAACUAACAAUAAUGGGAAUCUGUUUAAUUUGUUUUAGCUGUCUACAGUCUAGCAUCUUGUAAAGCUGGAUUCGUUCAUUGGUUGAACCGUAAUACACUAGUUCGUUCGUCUCUAUGUCUCUGCUCAGGACAGAUUUGCAAGAUGCUAAGGCCCUGUUUGGAUUUU